AAUUACUGUUUGAAUACAUGUAAAUUACACUAAAUUACCAUAUUUUAUGUUCUCAGGAUGCGAUUUUUGUAUUACUAAAUCACAUGGUAGGGCAACCAAUCUUCUCAACUAUCUUUUGUUUGUCAUUUCGUAUGCUACAGUAACGGGAAGCCUACAACUGCAGGCUUUUUUUACUGCCUAGCACAUAUAUACCCCACCAUUUUAGCGUGUAUCCAAUCCGCAGUGAAUCCUCAGCCAAUCAGGGCAAAGAAAAUUUCUAUAUGGACCUUCGCAAACGGAUCAAGCUGCGGCCUGGAGGUGUUUGCUUCAUGUAUGCACAUGGUUAGUGAGGAGUGGGAAUUUGAAAAUAUGACGUCACGGCAAAGAGAUCGUGUCAUUGGUCGUUACCGUUGGUCGUCGUCAAGCAUCAAGCGGGCGAUGUGACUGGUCGUAAUGUUUCACGACUGUUUACGACAUUGUCCGUUAUUGUAGACAGAUCCAACCGCAGUCUCAGAUUGCAGAUUGUUACAAAUUCGUACAGAUUGUAAUUGCAGAGGGAACGCAAUAAUGUAUCCACAUAGGUUAUGUGGAUGUCAGUGAUGCCUCUCAAUAUUUUUAAACAAAUACAAUUGACACUUUAUAAAUUAUGUCAACAAGAAGAUUUUUUUAUCCAAGCAUACGUUGAGGAUGGAUUUUGGAUUUUAUGAACUUGAUCAUUCAACAUGAAUGUUUGAAAAUGAUGUCGGUAACAGUGGUGAAUGAUACAGACAACAAGGGACAAGAAGAUCCUAUUAGAUGUAUAUUUUUCUCAGAAUUUCAUCAUAUUGCCGGUCCAAAAAUUACUUGUCAGGUGCCAGAUAACUUCAUUUCAAAGGACAUUUUUGAUAAUGUCAGCGUAUAUAUCAUACCAAAGGCACAAUUGCAACGUAGUACUAUUACCGUAACUUUAAAAGACUACAAGAUUCUAGGAUUCCCUGUAAAAAUUGACGAUAAGAAGUACGCAAGAAAUGCUUUUUAUUUUAAUUUAUGCUUCGUAUGCGACGCAGGAGCUCGUACAGUACACUACGAACCUGUUGUUAAAAAGAUGUCCGACUUCUUGAUGGCUCUUGAAAUAGAAAAUUGUUUUUUGUCAGCAUCCGACGAUAAAACAAGGUUAGCAGAAAUGCUUCAACAGGUAAUGCAGGAUCUAAAUAUGCACAAAAUGUGUACGCUAACAGGUAAAAAGUACUCGAAACCAAUACUUUUACCUAGGUAUAUCAAAAAUAUGAAGUAUAAUGUUUUAUUAGAGGGGACAAUGACGUCCCACUUGAAAGUCAUAAAGUUAGCACCUGAGCCGAAACCAGUUCUUGAUCAUCAGGUACCGAUAUUCUUCGAAGGCCGCGAAGCAUUUCAGAGCGAUCAGUGGGAUUUGACUACGCAACAAGUGUUGCCUUAUAUCGAUGGAUUUAAUCACGUUGCACGAAUAGCAGCGGAAGCAGACGUAGAGAACAAUCUUGUUAAGAGCUGUGUGCAGAAUCUUGUAUAUUACGGCGUGGUAACGUUGAUUCCGAUAUUCCAGUAUAGCAACGUUUACGCAGCAACAUCGAAAUUGAAAGUGUUGGCAGAAAAUACCAAGUUACAAGAACGAUGUAUAGCAUACGCAUCGAAAUUUCCUAGGCAACCCGCGUAUCUCAGGGACAUAUACAGAAUGUACGCGAGCAUGACACACGGUAGUAGCAUGAGAGACUUAUGCCAAAGACUUAAUCCUCAGAAUCUGAGAAUCAACGAAAGAAGGCUGGUACAAUUUGGUCUCAUCGAAGGCCUCAUUCGUAGAGUGUACAAGUAUCCGAUAUGUCUGCCAGGAUUGCCUUGCAGCGACGAGAUGAAAAACAAUCCCGUGUACAAAUAUUUCACGGGAACGUAUAGCCUCGACGAAAUAUGUUGCAGUACGGGCCAGUCGGCGGCACAGAUAGAAGAUAUCGUUGAGCGCGAUCCGAACGUUGUCAUGUUAUGGAAAUAACGCGAAACAAGCGGUAGCCUAUGAACUCCGGAAGCAGAGAUAUACAUAAAAAUAUACGUGUACUUUUCAAUGGA